AUGGCUAACAGAAGGAGGAGGAACACCGCUGGAGCCGAUGACAUAGCUCAGGCGAUCCAUCGUAUGGUGGACGCGAUGCAGCCCAUAGCAGCGCCACCCAGAGCUGUAGUGGCACCUAUCAGGCCGGUAUCUAUGGAGGAUUUCAUGAAACAUAGGCCGACCAAGUUCUCUGGCAAGGCCACUCCUGAUGAGGCAGAUGCUUGGAUGAGGGAGUGCAAGAAAAUUUGCGGGGUGCUAAAGUGCACAGAUGCUCAGAGGCUACUGUUUGUCACCUUUCUUCUGGUGGUAGAUGCAGAGUAUUGGUGGGAGGAGGUGACCUGGGCUACCUUCAGGACGAGGUUCCUGGAGAAAUAUUUCCCGAACAGUGCGAGGCACGAGCGGGAAGCAGAGUUCCUCACAUUGCAGCAGGGAACCAUGACCGUGGAGGCUUACAUUGAGAGGUUCGAGUACCUUGCACGUUUCUACACUCCAGUGGUCAUUGAGGAGUGGAGGUGUAGGAAGUUCGAGGGGGGACUAAAACAUGAGCUGCACAGAUUCUUGGUACCUCUCAGAAUCAGAGAGUUCCCGGUUUUGGUCGAGUAG